UGGCAAAUCGCCAAAAUUGUGCAUUGAGUGGUAGCGGGCAUUGGGCGGUGAAGUACGAUAGGGGUUUCCGCGCUUUUAGUCACCUUUCGACCCUGAACUUUUCUUCCCACGUUCACAUCUGAAGUUAUGUCCACUACCUACCCCAUCGCUUAGUGCAUCUGUUGGGCCAUUAGGAUCAGCUUUCUUCGGUUUACGUGAGCUCCUUAGUAGACAAAGCCAAAGUUAAUGCCGCUACACACAAUGCCAGGGCAGGAAGGAUCUCGGAACGCAGCGAAGUCGCACUUUCGUCCUAAGCAACGCAUCAGUCACACCAAGUCCCGCAAUGGCUGUUACACGUGCAAGCUGCGUCGCGUCAAGUGUGAUGAGGUACGGCCCGUUUGUGGUGCAUGUUUAAUUCGGGGUGAUGACUGCGUUUACCCCAGCCCAGGAGACACACGUGGCCAGAGACGAAGACAGCGGCCCGGCUCUCGCGAGAGGCCAUCAUCCGAGAGUAUUCAUUUUCAGGCACGCAAUGAUACCCAGGAAGUACAUUUUUGCCCGUUGAAUUUCAAUUUGACAGCUCCGGAGGACCCGCAAAAUGUCAGCAUCCAACGAGAGUCCAGUCUGAACAUGAGUGAUCUCAAUCUACUUCAACACUUCAUCUUGCACACCUCAAAAAAGAUGACUCUUCACAAGAUCAAGAUGGUGGCCUGGGAGCGUGGUAUUCUCGAUUUGGCUGCAGCCAAUGAUUUCCUGAUGCACCUUGUCUUGGCCCUGGCUGGCAUAGACAUUCUGACCACUAGGGAUGGCCAUGACGGAAAUAUUCAAACAUUUUCUGAUCCUUCCAUCUCCUGGAGCCCUCGGCUUCAUUCAAUCAUGGAACAUCAUCAACUAGGACUCGCCGGGCUGCAGGAAGCACUUUGCGCCCCCGCUGAGCCCAAUGCAGAAGCCUUGCUGGCGGGGUCCAUGUUGGUAGUAGGUUUUGCGUUUGCAUCCCUUGGAAUCAAAGACCCAAAUCCGUCAAUGGGUACCUUUCAGAAUUCCAGUCACGGUUCACCAUCUGCCUUUCCUUCACAAGCCCCGCUCCAGAUACAGUGGCUUCACCUUGUUCGUGGCGUCACAUGUAUCCUAAGUCAAUUUUGGUCCACUUUGAGAAGAUGCCGCCUCAGGUCGCUACUUUUCUUCAACAAUGCCAACGACGAUUGGAAGCUUUGUGAAACAGAAUUGCGCUCAGGCGUGGCGCUCAACCAAAAUAUCCAAUCAAAGAGGCUUCGGAAGUUUGCCACAGGGGCCAAUCGCGCCUUGACGGAUUUACGAGAUAUAUGCGUAGACCUACGUCAUUCUAGGAACUUUGAAGAAAGCAGUGACGGGUUACUAUUAAAUGCCACCCCUCGAUCCGAACAAAGUGGAUAUGCUGGGGGUAGGAUAUCCCUCAGCGCAUGCGAACAAGUCAUAGGCGUGGUUGAAGACCUCUAUAUGAGAAUCCUUUAUGUUCUACAGAUGAAGCCACUCAAUUCUCAGUCACCAUCAGAUCUCGAGAUCCAGAUCGAUCUCGAAGAUGCAGCCAUUUCAGCGUGGCCUCAUCGUCUACCCGAGGAAUUCAUCGCGACCUUGGACUCGCAUGGGAAUGUCGACACGCUGUUCGGUGUGAGCCUGACGAUCCUUGCACAUCUCUACUCGACUAUAGCUAUUUUUGAAGAUAUUUGGUACCUUGGUAAGACAUGUGACGCUGAAAUUUACAAGAUCAAUACCUUGAUUCAUGGUCUGGGGGAUGAAGAGCUUAUCCGCUUAAUGGAAUGGCCAGUUGAUAUCAUAGAGUGAUGAAAUCUAAGGGUGACUGGUCGAUUUCAGGUCGCCGUCUCAUAUAGGCCCACCUAGUCUUUGCUCAAAAAACAUUCUGAGACCUUUUUUAUUGAUCGCGCGGAAGUCGCUAUCUUCAAGAUCUGUCAUGAUGUUAGGCUAUCAGGACAAGAUACUAUGCUGUAACUGUCUCAUGUGAUGCUUUGGUGCUUAGAAAAUUCAUCCAUGUCACAG